GCGAGUGUGUACUUCAGAGAGCUGUCAUGGUGAGGAAGAAGUUGACCGCCAGGGAAGGAAGAGGCUGGGUGUCUGGGACCCUCUUCUGUACACACUUCAGAGUGGCCUUUGUGCCUCAGGACAGUCCCAAACCUGACGACAAUGCAGACCCAGUGCUUUUAGGAGACCAUGAUGUGGCUUUGGCGUCCAUAGAGAAGGUUGUGGUUGUCGGCCCAAACAGAACAAAGCUGGUGACCCCGAACUCCUCGCUGAAGUUCACUCCUGAGGAGCUGGUUCUUUACUGUAGAGACCUGCGGGUCAUCUGCUUCUUGUUUGACCGUCUCACUCCUGACGCACAAGUCAUAGAGAUAACCUACACCAUCGCCAAGACCUACCAGCCUCCUAAACCAGGGUCAGUUUUAUCUUUCCAGAACGCUGCCCUUGGGAGUGUAGAAAUGAAGCAGUUUCUAAGCAACCGUCGUCGAAACACCCACAUGAACUGGUAUGAAUCUGCCUCAGACUGGGAGCAAGAACUGGAGAGAUGCGGGGCCACUGGCUGGAGAGUCAGCUCAGUCAACGACCGAUUCGAGAUGUCCACCAGCCUACCGAGAUCCAUCGUGGUUCCACAGAAGGUUUUAGACACCGAGCUGAAGAAAAGCUUCGCCCACUUCAAUGAAGGACGCAUCCCU